AUGACAGGAAUGACAGGAAUGUCAGGAAUGGCAGGAAUGGCAGGAAUGGCAGGAAUUGUAGGAAAGACAGGAAAUGCAGGAACGGCAGGAAAGUCAGGAAAUGUAGGAACGGCAGGAAAGGCAGGAAAGGUAGGAAAUACAGGAAAUGCAGGAAAGGCAGGAAAUGCAGAAAAGAUAGGAAAUGCAGGAAAGGCAGGAAAUGCAGGAAAUACAGGAAAGGCAGGAAAGACAGGAAAGGCAGGAAAGGCAGGAAAGGUAGGAAAGGCAGGAAAAACAGGAAAGGUAGGAAAGGCAGGAAAGGAAGAAAAUACAGGAAAGGAAGAAAAUACAGGAAAGUCGGGAAAGGCGGGAAAGGCGGGAAAGGCAUGA